AUGGUGUACGUGUACUUAGCAUGGCUACUCCGCGUCGCAUGGCCAUUAAACUCCAGCUGCCCAUUGCGUAUAGUAGGACAAACUUUAUACCUAGUGAUUAACACGGGGGCGAUAAUGUGCAGCCUGGCAGCGCUGGCGCGCGGCUGCCGGCCCGCCUCCGCGGCCGCCAAGCCCUGCUGUCUCUGCUGGUGUUGUUGCUGUUCUUGCUCUUGCCUGGCGGUGCGCGGCUCGGACACCGGGCCCGGCAAGAAGGUCCGCGAGCCCGGGCCGCAGGAGCCGCUGCUCAACGACGGAGACGCCCCGCCGACGCUGGAGGAGAUCCAGAGCUGGGGGCAGUCCUUUGACCGACUCAUGCGCAGUGCCGCCGGACGAAAAGUGUUCCGCGAUUUCCUUCGCGGAGAAUACUCGGAGGAAAACAUCAUGUUCUGGCUCGCGUGCGAAGAGCUCAAGCGCGAGACCGACCCCGACGCGGUUGAGGAAAAAGCGCGCUUCAUCUACGAGGACUACAUCUCGAUACUGUCUCCCAAGGAGGUGUCCCUGGACUCGCGCGUGCGCGAGGUCGUAAAUCGCAACAUGGUGGAGCCCACGCCGCACACCUUUGACGACGCGCAGCUGCAGAUUUACACACUGAUGCACCGCGACUCGUAUCCGCGCUUCGUCAACUCGCCGCUGUUCAAGACGCUGGCGCGCUUGUCCAGCGCCGAGAGCGGCCCGACGGCGGCGGCGGCAGGCACGGCCACUUCUCCCGCGCCCGCCGCCCCCGCGCCUCCAUGA